GAACGCGGAAGUUUGAACGUUCCAGGGUUGGCUCGCUCAGUGAUUCAUUGUGGCUGUGUUGCGAGGAGGAGGUUCGCAGUCACAAGUCUCGUUAUGUCUGUCUUGUCCGGUGUGGAGAAUUCGGCAGGAGUGGUGCUCAGGAGGGCGGUGGAGCUGGACAACAGUGGCAGGUUCCAGGAGAGUUUGGUUUGCUACCAGGAAGGCAUCGAGCUGCUGCUGCAAGUGCUGAAGGGUACAAAAGAUGAACCAAAGAAAACACACUAUAGACAGAAAUUGCGAAGCUACAUGGACAGAGCUGAACAAAUUAAACAUCAUGUGGUAAAAGAGAAAGAAGAGGGAAAAUAUCACAAGCAAAUCAAGAUUGUAGAAAAUGCAACGGGUUACAGUUAUGAAAAUCUUUUCAAGCCAUAUGUGGAUGAAACUCUAACAGAAGUGUGGGUGGAGGACCCAUAUAUCCGGUACACUCAUCAACUGUAUAACUUUCUACGAUUUUGUGAAAUGCUUAUUAAGGGUCCUUCCAAGAUCAAGAAAAUCAACUUAUUGACUUCAAGAGAUGAAGUUUGUUUACUGUUAUCUUUGAAGCAGGAAAAUGGGAAAGAUCAACAGAUGUGCAUUCUGCAAGAGAUAAAAAUCUCCCUUCAGGAUUAUGGCGUUCUAUUAGACUUCAGCUUCUCUCAAUCCAUCCACGACCGGGAAAUCAGAUUUAACAACGGUUGGUUGAUUAAAAUUGGUCGAGGUCUUGACUAUUUUAAGAAACCUCAGGUAAGGACAGUGACAUUUCAAUACCGAAUG